GAAAAGUCAAAGAAGAAAAUUAAAUAAUAAACAAAGAGUAGUAUUAGUAUAUAGAUGAUAAUAAACUUAUAAUCGCUGCAGCUCUUUAAUAUUAUAGUUUAUAACUUUAUACCUUUUUUAAAUAAUUAAUCUGGAGAUUUAUGACUUGAUGAUGGAUAAUGGCACUCAAGGUCAUUACAGCACUUCUAUAUCAAAUUCUGUGGAAUCUCGUACAAGUAAUAUGUACAUUUUACAAGUUAAACCAAGCAGUAGUGAAGGAUCUUUACAAGCUGAUGCUAUUCCACUCCACAUGCUUAUAAACGAUCAAGACCCCCAACAUCAUGAGUACUUUAUUCCAGUAGUACAAGGCAAACAAUUACAAUUAUUUAUUGAUUCCCGAGAACAAGCUGGAAUAAACACAACAAUCAACCAGUAUUGUAGUAUCGGUACCACCACUGAGCCACAGAUAAUCAACAACGAAUUGCAGAUCUUGAAUAGUGACAUAAGCGUUGCACCAAGCCAUGAACAUACAUUGCAAAUUAAAACAGAUGCAAAAUGCAGGAUGGAUAAACUGUCUUCGAAUGAAGACAAAAUUAAUAAUACUAAAGCGUCACAUACUGCGGAGAAAAAGAGACUUGUGCAAAAGUUUGUACACAUCUCGGACCGGCGGGUGCCGCCGCGGGCGGUGGCGGCGCUGCCGGGCGCGCUGCGGCUGCGGCGCGGCGCCGUGGGGCCGCGCGCCGCGCUGCCGGCCCGGGUGCGCUUCGGGCCCGUGCAAGGGAUCAAACACAUUUUAUCAACGGAAGAAGCAGAAAGCCUAAAAUUAGCGCACAUCGACUCUGGCUUGCCACUAUUCUUGUUGAAAACGGAGGACGGUACCCACACGCAUAUAGAUGUUUCUGACGAGGAUAAAUCAAACUGGAUAAGCUUACUACCGCUCGGAGACCAAAGCACAGCGAAUGUGUGGCUUUACCAAGAGGACCACGAACUAUACGCGGCCACAAUAAAAACCAUACCCGCCCGGGUGCCGCUUGUACUUGGCUAUGCCAAGGAGUAUGUGGAUGCCCACAAAUUACCCGUCGAACAACCGGUAUUGGACCUUGAAGAAGAAUUGACCGCAAAAAAUCGUCAAUGGUGGUGUCACGAGUGUCAGCGAUCAAUGUCAACAGCUGCGUUGUUACAGAGACAUAUGGACGUUUAUCAUACGGAGGAGAAGCAGAGACCGCGCCGCUACAGAUGUGUGCACUGCACCAGAUCUUUCUGCAGAUUGUUUACUUUAAGACGGCAUACGGCGAGUCAUUGCACCAAGAAAGCGAAAGAAGACAAAAAUAAUGAAUUACAAGCUGACCAAACUGCGAAUGGUGUUCUAGACUCUUCAAAGGCAGACGACCUCCCCGACCUUUCCAUCCCCGCCGAAGACUGCCGCCUGCCCUCCGACGAGAGUCUGCAAACCCUGACCAACAAUCUGGACUUCUCCACGAACCUGUUCGACGCGGACCGCAUCCACCUCGACAUGUCGGGCAGCUCGCGCGAGGACUUCAACCCGUACGACGCGCUGGCGGCUAGUAUACAUUUUGGAGUUGAUGAUUCGUGCACUAAAAAGGAGGUGAGGAAAGAGAACACAGAGACAGUGUUCCUAACCUGUAGAUACUGUAAUCAAGCCGUCAUACGAGGGAGACAACGUCAGCACGUCAAGGCAUGCACGGGAAGAAAAUUUCACUGUGAGUGCGGACGCGCGUUCCAGUACAAGGACAAGCUGGCGCUGCACAUACACGUGGACCACCCGGACCUGACUUCCGACCAGCGGAGACAGCAGAAUACUAAAGAAGAUGAGUUGCAAUAUAAAUGUGAAACGUGCAAUCACAAGUUUAAGCGGCGCGGUAUGCUAGUUAAUCAUCUCUGGCGAGUCCACAAGACGCUGUCAACUGCUGUACCUCUAGAGAAGAAAGUUCGGCAUUACCCGUGCGUCACGUGUCCCAAAGUGUACCGGACGGCCGCGAAACGUGACAGCCACGUCAAGAUACACCAUCCCGGCUGGGCGGGGCCCGGCGCGGGCGCGUCGAUCGAGGGCGGGCGCGUGGCGUGCGCGCCGGCCGCGUGCAGCGCGUGCCCGCGCCAGUACGCCACGCGCGCCAAGCUGCUGCAGCACGUGCGCGCGCACCACCCCGCGCUGGCUCCCCCAGUGAGGAAGAAAAUACAGUUAAAAUGAGAAAUAACCACAUGUCUACUACCUACAUCAUUGCUCCGAUCGGGAGCAAAUGCAAAAUGCCAUUAUGUUAUAAGAAAAGAAAGUUUCUACAUGAAUAAAUAAAUAACAAAAUAAAUAA